AAGAUGGUCAGUCCACCAUGAUCCUCCCCAGAAGUUCGUUCAGUUUACAUUUCUGAAAUUUUUCCCAAUGACUAUAGUUUUGGAGGCUUCACUUUGUUUUCCUGAUUUUCAGACUCCACAAAUUGCAAAGCAGUAUGACUCUGACCUGUCUGACUUAAGAUGAAAUGCCAUUGAUCUUGGUGCAGUUGUUCUUCAUCUGCUGUGGUGACAGCAAGUUGUAAGUUGAAGUUCUCAUCAAAUGGAGAAUUUUGCUUAUCUGGUCUUUUAAAACUCUCCCAUAUUUCUUGUCUAGCUAUGUUAUUCUGACCUUUGGUUUUGUCUUCUAUUCUCCUGCUAAUUCCCAUCUUUGUGAUCUGCUGCUCAGACAUACUUUGGAGCCUCAUGCUCCUUUAAUUGGUCUCCUUCAUAAACUUCUACACAUAUAUCUGACAAUUUUCUUCAACAUCAGGCAUACUGUGUUAUAAAUAUCCUGCUGAGAAACACAAAUACGUUUCCUGGACGUCAGAUAGCAUCUUACCUAAGCCAUAAAUAUGAAAUGUGCACGGACAUUUCUGAGCAAACACUUUGUCUCUGGCAGGAAAUUUGCAGUCAAAAUUUACUCCCCAUGAGACAUCAAAAAAGAAAGAAAAAAGUUUCGAUCACACCAGUUAUACAUUCAUGCCAUGUGCAAAGCAGCAGAGCAUACGGGACCUUCAGGGAGUUAUUAGGAGGCAUGCUGUGAGUUGCUAGGAUUUCAGAUUAUUGUUGUACACCAGAGAAUGCUCAGCAGUCAAGGAAAUGGCAAGAUUAGAAGUUGUAGGCAGCUGUCAUCUCCUGACUGAACAACACCCUAAUUUGUACCUAUUCCAAAGCAUAGAAUCAUAGAGUUGGAAAGGACCAAGAGAGUCAUCUAGUCCAACGGCAUGCAAUACAGGAAACUUUUGCCCAAUGUGGGGCUUGAACGCACAACCCUGAGGUUAAGUCUCAUGCUCUACUGAAAGAGCCACUAAUUCCCUUGUGAGCAAAUAAAACAUAACUCUGUGAUCUAUGUCUUUUUCAGAUGCUUUGUAUUUGAGAAUAGCUUCAAUUCAGCACCAGAUAUUUCUUUUAGCUGCAAAUCAUCUUACUUGAACUGAUCUAGGAAGUCCAGAAUUCAUAUUUCGCCUCAGGCUCUGACUCACUAGCUAAUCUUAGGAACUGAAUUACACACACACCCUUUUUGGCAGCAGAACUUACACCAUGAUUGGAAAGUCAAGUGAAUGAGCUGAAUGGGUUUAGGAUACGGCUUAAGAUCCAACCCUGCCCCCUCACCACUCCUCUAGAAUGCCCCUUUUUCUGAGCUCAUGUUGGCUGAAGAGCCACCAGGUUUGGCUCAACUGGUUGUGUCAGGGUUGGAGACAUAUGCCUGGCUAAGUUGGGAACCAGUUGUCUGAGCCAGAUACCUUCUACACCCUAAGCUGCUCAGCCUGGUGGAUCUCGGCUCAGGAUUGCACCCUAAGUGUUUUACUUUGGUUAAGAAAUGUGCAACGGUGCAACGGCACUUCCCCCCCGAUGCUGUACGGCCCGUCCUUACUUAAAUAUAGUGCACCCACCUCACAGAACACCAAUUACCUGAAUUCCAACAAACUACCCCAGAUUAUUUUGUGGGGGACUUGUGUGAGGGAAAACAUAAUAAUUUGGCGUCUCAGGCAGGAUUUGAUCAAACAAACAAGAAUUUUUUUAUUAAACAUAGGACACAAAGUGGGUAAAACAUAGGAUACUUCAGAUUCUAAUGUUAUUUCACUUAAGUUCUUUCGCAGUUGUUGCACAGCUGUUGCCACUUAAUACUUUGGUUCUUCAACAAGGUGGUAUUUUCUGUCAGUUACACACGCCUCUGACAACCCUACUCCUGGGGUACUCCAAGUAACAGACCCAAGGGAUCACCACACCCCUCUUAACUGGUUUAGGAGUCUUCUCUUUUUGUAGAAGAAUCUCUCCCUUCCUGACUGGAAUGAGUCCUAAGUAGACUGUAUCCUCACAGCUUCUACUUCUCCUGGCUCAGCCUCCCGGUUAAUUCCUGGCCUAUUACUCUUACAGAACACCACACACUGUCCUUCGCACUAAGCUCAGAGACUCCUUUCUCCAGCUUGUGAUAUAUUCCUCAGAGUGGAUGUUUCUACCCAGAACCAGUUCUCUCUCCUCUCACUCCCUAUCUCCCUACUUAUCACCCAACCUAUUCUCCCAACCUUUAUCCCAACCUAAUAACUGUCUCUCCUGGAACCCCGGCCAACCAUAAGCUGUCGUUUGUUAACCAUUUGCUGGCAGGGAAAAAGAAAACACUUGUUGAACUAACCUGCCCAGCAAAACAAACUUUUCCGUCCCUACAAACUGCUGCCACAAAUUCUAGUGUGGGUUCAUGCCAAAGUUGUAUAUUACUCAGAGAUAGUAGUAGUACUAGUUGUUGGCAUCUGCCUGUCUCGAGAGACAACGGAGUACACAUCUAGGGGUGAUGUCAAACUGCUGUGUCUCAUUCUCUCUUUCUGCUGGAGCCUGUCUUUGCAUGCAGGGAAAGUCCCUAACUCACUGAGGGUUUGAGACCCUAUGGCUAUCCUAACCUCGUUUAGCUGGCCAGUCAAAGCUGUUAGAGGUGUGUGGCUGCUGUCACAUGCUGACAGCUUCUAGGAGCCACAGGUGACAGCUGAGUGCAGGGUGGGGACCAAAGGUGGGCAAACUACCCCAGAAGGAAUAUGACAUGUCUCCCACAGACGUACAACCCCUCCCCUAACACUACAUACGCCCCUCCUCAGACGUAAGCCCUGCUGGAUUCCUAAGUUGCCUCCCCAGAAUGGGAGAUUGAUCUCCAUUACUGUUUCAAGAGCAGAGUGAAGAUGUAAUCUCCCCUUCUUAUACGCUGCCUUCACAGUGAGAAUAGGGCUCACUGCCCCCCUAGUAAGCUGAGGAAAAACAAGCUAUGUAGCUGCCUGCUCUGUAUUUAUGUAAGGGGAGGCAGGUGGCAUUGUGGUCUAAAACACUGAGCCUCUUGGGCUUGCCUAUCGGAAGGUCAGUAGUUCAAAUCUGAACGAUGGGGUGAGCUCCCGCUGCUCUGAACCAGCUCCUGCCAAUCUAGCAGCUUAAAAGUACACUAGUGCAAGUAGAUAAUAGGUGCUACUGUGGCGGGAAGGUAAACGGUGUUUCCAUGCGCUCUGGUUUCCAUCACAGUGUUCCGUUGUGCCAGAAGCAGUUUAGUCCUGCUGGCCACCGGAAAGCUGUUUGUGGACAAAUGCUAGCUCCCUCUCCCUGAAAUGAGAUGAGUGGUACACCCCAUAGUCACCUUUGACUGGACUUAACCAUCCACCCUCCUUUACCUUUUUACCUUAUACCUGUUUAUGUACCCAUCUAAUUUGACUCAAAGAAAGUAAUCUUUGCCUUCAACCCCCCUCCACCCCCCCUCCGUAACUAACUUAACCCACCAGAUUACCUUGCACCACAGACUUUCUCAGGCAGUUUUUCUAUUUAUUUAUGUUUUUGGAAUUAUCUAAUGAAAUUAGAGGCUUUCCGUUAUAUAAACAUCAUACUAUCUAUUUAAAUUUGCUGUUGUUCCCAGCACAAUACAAAAAGGCCCUUUGCUUACAAAUGGCUGUUCUGCUCUGUGGUUUUGGAGGUACAGAAUACUAAUGAGGUGGGAUGGGGUGGAAAAUUACUGGUGAUGGAAAAGAUGUUUGCCUUUUAUGUGCGGGCGUGUCAUUCCGCACGGUAGCAAAAGGUUUUCUUGUGGGGAGUAGUGCUGCCUGCCAUUCUGACAUGUGGGGCCAUUGUAUACCUUUCUUGUUUCAGUUUAAAUUCAUACAGCAAGUGAAUUAAGUAGCUCUCUGCUAGCCGUUAAACAGCUCUGCAAACUACAGAGGCUUUUGAGAGGCUGUAUGGAUAUGAAAUUGCAAUGGCAUUGUUUCAUUCCCAGCAUCAUUUAUUACCUUAGAGAAACACAGAAAAGGGGAUGUCAUAUUGUGGCAAAGACUGUAGUUUUAUCUCAGAUAAACUUAUUAAAUGAGACAGAUUCUUUAUUAACAAGUCAGAAGGCAAAUGAUUAAACAGCUUUCUCCCUCUUGGAAUAUCAAACAGAAAUCAAUGUGCAUUAUGCAGCUUCGGCAGUUGAGAUUGCAACAGACCCAAGGACAGCAUAAAACCUGUGAUUUGCUGAAAAUAUUUCUUCAGGGGUUCAGCCCCAAAGAAAUGUGCAAUAUGCUCACAGAAUGCAUUGCUUCUGGCAUACUUCAGGAUUGUCUUUGAAACUAAAAGCAAAUAUGGGAGGCUGGUUAUGUAUACAAUACAACCCAUAAUCUCCCAUUUAUGCAUCCCAAAGAGCUGGGUAAGGAUUAUCAUUGGACAUGAUGGAGACCUUUGCUCCCCUUCCUCCUUCCCUGCCAACCUGUAUCUGGCACAUGUGAAAUCCAUAGUUGUGUAACACACCAUACGUUAAAAGCACACAACUUCCCCACAAUGAAUUCUGGGAACUGUAUUUUGCUAAACAUGCUUGGGACACUAGCUCUGUGAGGGGGUAAACUACAGUUCCUAGGAUUCUUUGGGGGAUAGAUUGUGUGUACGCAACAUAGUUAUGGGAGAAGAACACAUCAUGGUGCAUUUGGCACAAUUCAAGUUUGGCACAAUGGGGAAGGACUCUACUAUAUCCUGUGUAAGAAUCCCUUUCUAUGUGUGCCCAGGAAUGGAUGGACUGUGAUCAUAUCAUCAACAUCAACAACAACAACAUAAUCAUAAUCAUAUUAUAUAAUCCAUGACUCCAAUCAAACUUAAAACACUCAACAGCCAAAUCACGGAAUUUCAGCCUACAAGUAUUCUCCUCUCUUAAAAGCAAAGAAAGUUAUAGAAAGCCACAUUCAGCACAGGAGACAAUACUAUUUUGCUAUUGUGUUCUUAUCACAGCUACCUAUAAAGGGAAUUUAACUGCUGAGCAAUAUGUUUCCUAUCAUCUGCUGCAAUGUUUCAAUCAUUGACUGAGAGAGAAUAUUACAAGAAAGCCAUGCUCAGCAAGAUUGCAUGAUGGUGCAAGCGAUGGUCGGUCAGAACUUUAAAAGCACUUCUGAAACUAGGGAACAGAUAUUCCUGCUUCAGAAGCAUGGGGCUGAUGGCCGAGCUGAAGCAAGGUCUCCACUUAGUGUUGUUAACAAAGACUGUGAGACACACAGAACAAUUCGGAAGCUAUUGUAGAGAAUGACAGGACACAGUGGUAGCCAUAUAGUGGUGGGUGUUAGAAUAAUGUUUAUCUCAGGAAUGAAGAAUCAUUGGACCUUGGGGGUUCCCUGCGAAGAGAACUCUUGCUUUUCUCCCAGUAUACUUCCCUCACAUCUAUUUGUGGGCUGCACAAUCAAAAAAUAAGAGCAAAAGAAGCUGCUGCUUGAACAAUACCUUAUUUUAUCUUUAGGUACUUCGAAAUGAGCAACAGCCAUCGUGGACCAUGAGCUACAUCGACAUUAUCUUUGAUAUACCUGCACUUCUCUGGGUAGGGCUGCCUUGAAAAAUGAUUCAUAAAGUAGCUCCAGGAUGUUGGCCAGAAUUCUAACCACAUAUGACUUCCGGGUUAGCGCCUCCGGCAAUGGCGGAUUUCCUCUGACCAGAAGGAAUCCGCUUCGUGAGAACUAGGGUCUUCACCGCCGCGGCGAGGCGGAGACCCAUUAAAAACCACAGGCGGGAGAAGCCUGUGGACGUGGGAUUCGGCUGGCACCUUUUGCGCCUCCCCUACUCGCGGGGAAACCCGGUUUCGGGGAUCCGGAGCGACAUGGGGUGAAUGGCGUGGUGCUUUGAAUAGACUGCUUUUUUCACGGAGUGAAGCCGCAUUGCUGUUGCCGGAGAGUGCUGACUUUUUCCUGUGGACAAUUGGAUUUUAAACAACUGCCC